AAACCUUGGGGGAAAAAGACAAGACUCUGGCUUAUUCUGUCUUCUUUGAAGCUCCUAUGAAUUAACAAGAGACAAAAUACUGUCAAAUUCAACAAUAUGAUCAAUAAAUAUAAAUGGUUAAGAGGCUGUAAAAUGACAGAUGAAGGAUGUUCAGCUCUGACUUCAGCUCUGAAAUCAAACCCAUCACAUCUGAGAGAACUGGACCUGAGUGAGAAUAAACUUGGAGACUCUGGAGUGAAGAACCUCAGUGAUCUACUGAAGAACCCACAAUUCAAGCUGGAAAUACUAGUUCUGUGUAAAUGCAGUAUUAAAGAGAAGCAGUGUGUCUCCCUGACUUCAGCUCUGAAAUCAAACCCAUCACACCUGAGAGACCUGGACCUCAGUGAAAAAUGUACUUAAACACACAAGAGUGAAAACAUUUUAUGAUAUACUGAAGGAUUCACAAUUAAAACUGGAAAGAUUGAGGUUAAGGUCUUGUGAUAUAAAAGCUGAUGAUUGUUCAGCUCUGACUUCAGCUCUGAAAUCAAACCCAUCACACCUGAAAGAGCUGGACCUGAGUGGAAAUGAACUAGGAGACUCUGGAGUUGAAAACCUUGGUGUUCUGUUGAGC